AUCCUCAGCCCUGGUUCUGAGAUGAUGGGCUUGGGCAGUGGGCGUCGCAGCAUGAAGUCGCCACCCCUGUUGCUGGCCGCCCUGGUGGCCUGUGUCAUUGUCCUCGGCUUCAACUAUUGGAUUGCCAGCUCCCGGAGCGCGGAUCUCCAGACACGGAUCCUGGAGCUGGAAGGCAGGGUGCGCAGAGCGGCUGCAGAGCGAGGUGCCGUGGAGCUGAAGAAGAACGAGUUCCAGGGGGAGCUGGAGAAGCAGCGGGGGCAGCUGGACAAGAUCCAGUCAAGCCACAACUUCCAGCUGGAGAGCAUCAGCAAGAUGUGCCAGGAUGAAAAGGCAGCGUUAGUGAAUAACAUCACCUCGGGGGAGAAGGUCAUCCGAGUCCUCCAAGACCAGUUCAAGACCCUGCAGAGGAACUACGCCAAGCUGCAGCAGGACAUCCUCCAGUUCCAGAGAAACCAGAGCAACCUGGAGAGGAAGUUCUCCUAUGACCUGAGCCAGUGCAUCAGUCAGAUGAAAGAGGUCAAGGAACAGUGUGAAGAACGCCUUGAAGAAGUCACUAGGAAGGGGAAUGAAGCCGUGGCUGCCAGUGACAAGAAAGAGCAGAGUCAGCAGCUGCAGCCCCAGGAAGCAGGCCCACCCCCAGGAGAGGGACAGCCUGGAAAGGAGAAGGCACCCAGUGCCCAAGAGGCCCGCCCCCCAGCUCCCAGCACAGCUGUGGUCUUAGAGAUGAAGAGAAUACAAGAGAAAGAGAGCAGUGUCAUCCAGGUGGUCAGCCGGGAGGAGCCCCCAGAUGGCCUGAACCUGCCACAGGAGCCUGAGCAAGAAAAGGUGCCAGACCCCCAGGCUGUGGAUGGCCAGGGCGCCAGGGGAGCCGGAGGACCUGGCCCGAGCCCACAGGUGCCCCCAGCCCAGUUGGGGAGCCAGGAGCGUGAAGAGUCCGAGGUGCCCGAGCGGGACCAGCUCGUCAUCCGUGAUGGGCAGGAGGAGCAGGAUGCUGCCGGGAUAGGGGGAAGCCAGCAAAAUGCAGAUGAUGAGUACAACGUGGAGGAAGACGAGGAGAAAUCUGAAACAGACAAGCAGGCCACUGUGGCCGAGAGUGACAAAGGCUUACAUGUUGUUAAAGCUGAAGAUGAGAAAAAGAACAAUGUAAAUUUACUGGAUCAGCAUGAAAAGGAGAAUCAUACACUCUGAGCAGAACUGGAAUCUCACUGCAUCACAUCGGGAGCCAACAGACCCUGCAGGAUAUCCAUGGGACUGAGGACACAGAGCUGUGCAACACGUACACUCAAGGCUGGGUCCUGUAUACCUCAGACAGCUGUGGGCUACUUUUCUAGCAUCCAUAAUAGGAGGUGCAAAUUUGUAAAGAACUGUUUGCUGGUAGGUAUUCUGUAAGAGCAACACCAAAUGUAGGACAAAAGUUUACUUGCAAGUGUGGCGGCAGCAGCGGACCUUGUGGGAAGUG